AUGGCAGACAAUGUAGAAUCAUCCCUAGCUGUACCUGCAGUGUUAACUCUAAAGAAAGAUGAGAAGGCGCAGAAGACCCGCUCCAAGGAAAGUUACCCGCCAACGUCGGAGAUGGUGUACACGGCCAUCGCCACUUUAAAUGAGAGAGGCGGCUCUUCGCUCAAAGCCAUAAAAAAGUAUAUCGUCGCCACCUACAAUGUCGACGUCGAGAAGCAGGUUUUCUUUAUUAGAAAGUAUAUAAAGGCUGCAGUCGCCAGCAAUGUUCUGAUCCAGGACAAGGGCGCUGUAGGUUCCUUCAAGUUGAACGUCACUAAAUUUGAGAGCAAGGUCAAAGUCAAGCCCAAUAUUAAGACUGCCGCAAAAAUUAAAAUGUGUCGUAACAAGGGUCAAUAA